AUGGGUAUCUUUAAAUUCACAACUAUUGUGGGAUUGGUGUUGGUGGUGUUGGUGUUUGGAUGUACGGAUGAUGAGGAUGAUGAGGAUUCUUAUCGGAAUGAUAUGAUUCGGCGGGAUAGGGCGAGUCGUGAGUUUGUUAUGGCUAAUCAGGAUUUGUUUCUUAAACGGAGUCGUUUGGCUAUGCAUAGUGGUUCAAAUAAGAGAUUGAAGAGUAAGAAGAGAAAUAGGUUACGGAAUAGGUGCCAGUUGUGUGAGAUGAGUGGAAAGACUGGGAAGACUGAAGAAAGUAGGAAGAGAGUAAUUCGGGCUUUGGACUGUUUAUAUGAUGAAGAUUUGAGUGGGGCGUUAGAUGUUAUAGCAUUGACGAAGAAUGUACUGGCUUGUCAAGAGGACAAAGAAGAUGGAUUAGAUGAACAGGAAGAGAUAUAUAGUAUGGAGGAGAGUAUUGUGUCUUAUAUGGAUCGAACAGAUGUUAGUGAAUAUGAGGAACAUGAACUUGCGGUGGGAGUAUGGGAUGAUAGUAAUGGCUUCUCUACGAUUGAUGAUGAUUGGACUGAUCUUGGGGAUUGGGGGUGUGAUACAAAUACAGAUACAGAUCUGGAUACAGAUGAUGGUGAUGUUAGAGAUGAAGAAGAUGAUGUUAGAGAUGAAGAAGAUGAUGCUAGAGAUGAAGAUGUUGUUAGAGAUGAUGUUGCUGUUAGAGAAGAUGAAGAAGAUGUUAUUGUUAUUGUUAAAGAUGAUGAUGAUGAGGUUAGAGAAGAAGAAGAUGUUGCUGUUAGAGAAGAAGAUGUUGUUGUUAUUGUUAAAGAUGAAGAAGAAGAUGAUGAGGUUAGAGAUGAUGUUGUUAGAGAUGAAGAAGAUGAUGAUAAUGAGGAGGUUAGAGAAGAAGAUGUUGUUGUUAUUGUUAAAGAUGAUGAAGAAGAUGAUGAGGUUAGAGAUGAAGAAGAAGAUGAUGAGAAGGUUAGAGAUGAAGAUGAUGAAGAUGAAGAAGAUGAGGUUGUUAAAGAUGAAGAAGAUGAUGAGGAGGUUAAAGAAGAUGAUGAUGAUGAAGAUGAGGAUAGAGAGGGAAAAGAAAAUGUGCAAGCACUGAAUCAGUACGUGCAAAGCUGGUUUCAACGGACUUUGCGGUACUCGAAAGAAGAUAGUGAAAUACGGUGCAUGAAAGUAGAUGGGGAAGUACGACAACUGAGCAUAGAUGGAGAACUGAGCUACUUGAAAGCAGAUAGUGGAAGCUUAAAGUCUUAUUCCUUUAAACUAAUUGAACUGGGAACGAAUACUGGAUGGACUUGGUUUAUUUUGUCAAUUAUCAGUUGGAAGAGUGCUAUCCUGCACCUGGAUAAACAGAAUUUACAAUGUGAUAAGGAUUACUUGGACUACUUGGAAUGCUGGCGGCAUAUUUAUGUGGUUGAUGUGGCAAAGAUGGUUUUGCAGGGUGAGGCUUGGCAUAAUAAGUUGGCCUUUGCGAUCUUGAGUCAUGUGCUUGUUAAAAUUAAACCUUGGUCAACUGUUGUUUUUGAUUGUGGUAACCAGAUAACAAACUGGUCCGAUAAAUAUAGCAAGGUUGGAAUUAAAGAAAUUGGCUGGAUUCAGAACGCUUUGUCUGUCCCUUUUUAUCCCAGGAUUAGUAGUUGGUUUCAUUCUAAGCUUAGGAUGUUUUUGCGAUCGGAUUUGUAUGCCUUUGACCACUUGCUUUUGGUUUUGACGCAUUCCUCAGUUAACUCUUUGACUCAAAUUAUGUACUUGUUUAGGGAACGGUACCUCUCUAAAUUAGAGAUUCGGGAUUUUCUUGGGCCGGAAUUGAACUUAGACAUGUGGGAUGGCCUGGUUGUUCGGCCAAGGCAUUUCGUACUGCAGGUUUCUUUAUGUGUCAAGCAAGUCCGUAUAAGUAAGUUGCAUACGACCUUUCCGGGGCUCGGGUCGUUUAGUUUUGGUCGGUCGACGGGGUUGAUUAAAGGGGGUGGUGAGCCGGCGCGGCACAUACAUAUUGAGGGGUUACAGGAAAUAUUCAAGUGUCGGAGUGAUAGUACAGGCCGGGCUCUUAUGGAUAGCAUCAGUAUUGACUAUCUCUGGCUCUUGCAGUGUCGGCUGCUUGCGCUAUCUAACAAGCAGGUAGUUUGUAUUCAGAAUCUAGCUAUCCUAGAUAUUCCUUCGGCGAUAGAGAAGUGGAUUGACUUUGACGGUCCUAUUCUGAAGGACUGGUUGAAAAUGCACCAGGACGUGGACUUCUGCCCAAAUACUAUGUCGCUUGAAGCGGAAAUGAAACGGCCCUGGCUGGAUGUCAGCGGAAAGUUGCUUUGGGCGGUGACCGGACUCUUUUUUUGUAUCAAUACAUCCGAUCCAUCUGCUUUGUCUAAAUCAAUCAUGGCCUACUUUGGCUUUGUUCGACAGGCCGAGAAGAUACGAGGACGCCAUAAAGAUGGCGAACUCAACUUGCCGAUGGUGCUACAAGCAGCCCAGCCGCAGUCUUGUGUUCGGCAGCAGAUGGAUAAGCUUGCUUGUAUCAGCUCGUCUAUUCGCCAUAUUUAUUUGACUAGUGCCAUCGUCUGGGUUAUACCAAAAGAAUGUAGUCCGCAGUAUCUUGAUAUAAGAAUUGAUUUAGCACGGAGUGAGCUUAUGUGGAGUAAUUUAAACCCGAUUAUUGCCCGUGGGAAACAUCGUAUCUCGUGUAAAUGCGUUGGGUAUCGGCAUGUUAGUAUUGUAAAUUCGUUGAAGGGUGCGUCAGAUCUAACGUUGCUUUUGGUUUGCUUAGGGAUUUUGGAUGACCUUUAUUGUUGCAUCUCUCUACAAAUACGCAAUAUUACUCUUAAAGGUAACGAUUUCAAGGAGGUCGUGGAUGAAUGGGCUGGCUUGCCGCGCGUGCGAAUUGCUAUCUUUCAACUUGUCUUUGAUAUGGUCCAUAUCCGCGUCGUUGAAGCUGUGCUUAAACGGUACAUUUUUGAUUCCUCAGUUGCCAUCUGCAUUUGGAAUCCAAUCGGCCUUACUGAAGUGAAAGAGACUAAUUUGGGUAUAUCUAAAGCCAGUGUAGGAGCCGUGGAUGAGAUUUACCUUAACGUCUACUUGAAUAAGAUUAACUAUGAAGGAGUCUCUAAAUAUACUAGUUCCUCAGGAUCCCAGCCGGCUCGGCUUAAUUCCUUUCCCAGUUCUCACACUAUCUUCCUGGUGAGUCCAAUGAACUUUGCUGCUUAUUGCCAAGGCACUAUGCCCAUAGGUAAAAGGCUUUCGUUUCUUGAUAUUGAUAUUGAGAUGUUUAUUAAGGAUUAUCAGACCAUAACUGCUAAGUCGUGGAAGCUUAAUGCCCAACGACAGAAAGUGCAAAGCUCGGUCCGUAUACUUAUUAUCUACUUCAAACCCAACCAGAUGCUAAGUCUUAUUCAUUACCAGCAGAUUAUUGCUUGGGCUUUGAUCAACUUUUCUGAUCUAAAUGUCCUAUCACUCGACAGUCCUAUGCUUACGAAAUCGGCUUACAUGGUAAUCCGGGGGAAGAACCACAGACUACUUGCUUUAAACAAAUCAACCCUGCCGCGAGUUGAUAUAGUUCAUGCGGUAAUUAUUGAUAAUGAUGAUACGAUGGUCACACAAUUAGCGAUUGGUGUUUUCAGUCCUGCUGUGAUUUCCCUCUCUUCCUAUCAAAGUGCAACUCCGUGUCUUUUGGCCAUCUCGUAUGGCCUGUAUAAGAAACUCACUGAGCUGAAAGAUGCUAAUCGCCAGAAAGGAGCUAAUCGCCAGAAAAAAGCUAAUCCGUCUCCCUCUACCCCUACCCCAACCCAACCAUCUCCAUUGGAGGUUCUUUGGCAGCAAACUCAAGUCUACAUCUCCAAUCAGUCGGACAAUAAUACAACUAUGGCCUUAUCCUCUCUUUUCAAAUGUGCAAUCUGUGGGCUUAGUUACCAAGCGAAACUAGCCCCUGACACUAAAUCGUUGGAGCUUGUCUUGAUUAUCUUUCCUUCUGAUCUAGUUUUUUGUGUCCAGUGCGUAAUUUCUGCCAUGUCCUUAAGCUGCCACAUGACACAGUCGCAAACCUAUGCUGUACUAAAUCGCACUAUUAGAUCGCUGCCUCUCUACAAUCUCAUUGUCAAAGAUAACCUAAAGUCUGCCAAAACUACUUAUAAUGUUUCCGCCGAUAUACAUCACUAUUCUUGGCUUAUAUGUGACAAAAACGAUCAACUCUGGAUAACAGACCCGUUUUUACCCAAAACUGAGUGUGUAAAUGCUCUUCUGGUCGAGUAG